AUGUCCGACCCAACAUCACCCUCGCCCUCCGCCCACCUCGAAGAGACUCUAGGCCGCCUCUCCAAAAAGCCAGGAGUGAAAGGUGCCAUGGUCCUCGACCGCGCUUCGGGAGCCAUCCUCAAAACCAGUGGUCAAAUCUCUUCAAUCCGGAAAGCCAAGCCUCAACCACAGCAACCAGAGCAGUCAGAACCGGUCACGGACCAGCAAGGCCCAUUGUCACCUUCCUUCCCUCCUGGAGCCACUACCGACACGACCACUACCGAUGCAGGAGCGGCUCCCGGUACGGCGGUGACUACGACGGGGGAGGAGGCAGUUGCUGCGCAACCAACGAUGGUGUCUUCGGGGACGGGCAUGGAUGGUGAUGUACCUGGAGCUGGAGCAGGUGCUAGCGCAGCUGCAGCGGGGGCAAGGAGUGCAAGCACCAGCGGAAGCAAUGCAGUGAGCGCCUACGAUCAAAACGUGGUAGAGCUCGCGGCAAUGGUGUGGAGUUUUGUGUCGAAUGCGGGCGAGUUCGUGCAGGAAUUGGAUGGGGAGGACGAGUUGAAGCUCCUACGACUACGAACGAAAAAGCAGGAACUAGUAAUCGUGCCCGAUGCGAAAUACCUGCUUGUCGUCUUUCACGAUACUCCCCCGGCAUGA